GCUAUGCUGCAGCUGCAGUAUGAUUUUUAUGGCAGAGCAAGUAUCGAGACCAUAGCAGAAAUUUCACUAAUUGAAACAUAAAUAUUUUGUACAUUGCAUGGUAAAUGGGUUUACUGUCACUUUGAUUAGUUUAUUAUUGCCAAAUAAAUGACAGUGAUUUUUGUCAUUAAAUGAAGGGUACGUACACUGCAAGUUCAGGGGCUGAAGAUCUGCAGCACUGCAGCCCAUGUGAUGCUGGUCAGUACUGCCACUCUCCUGGACUAACUGCACCUCAAGGUCCCUGUGAGGCUGGGUUUUACUGCACUGGGGGAUCCCAUGUCGCCACUCCGGUAACCACAUACUGUCCAUCACACAUGUUGAUCAGUGUGAUUCAAUCCGGGAUUGAAUCAUUAUUCUUUCAUUAACUGAUUCUUUUACAGUUUAGCUCCAGGUUUGGUGACAUAUGCCCCAUGGGUUAUUACUGCCCGGCAGGCACCAGACACCCUCACGAGUUCCCCUGUCCUCCUGGGACAUGGAGCAAUGCACUGGGGUCCAAAAGCGUGUCGUCCUGUUGGCUCUGUCCUGCUGGAUUUUACUGCAACAGUUCUGGUCUCAUUCAGCCAUCCGGAAAUUGUGCCCCAGGUUUUUAUUGUGCAGGCGGUGCUAAAACAGCCAUGCCUGAUGAUGGGCUUACGGGAAAUCGGUGUCCGACACGGUAUUACUGUCCACAGGGGUGUGCAUCGCCUCUGCACUGCCCUGAUGGAACACAUUCAAAUAGCACAGGUUCUGCAGAAUGCAGCGACUGUCCCACUGGAUGGCUGUGUCUGGAGGGUGAGGACCUCCAGUUGUGUCCAAAGGGGCAUUACUGCGUGGGGGGCACAGUGGAGGACAUUCUCCCCUGCCCUCCAGGCACAUACAGCCCUAAAGCAGGACAAAGCCAAGUAGAGCAGUGUUUACUGUGCUCAGCUGGUGAGAGCAGUGCCCCUGCUUUACUUACACCCUUGGCAGUUUUAAUAACACUGGUGUAGUUUUAUGUUCAUCACACACACCUGUCAUUUUAAGGAAUGUACUGUGAAGACUGGGGACUAGUUGAACCUACUGGUCCCUGCCAGGCUGGGUAUUUUUGCUUCGCAGGU